UUAGAGAGGAUGUUUCGCUUCGAAAUAAAGGACGAAAUAGCGGUUAAAGCCACUUGACAGUUGCAGUGAAAGUCACGUUUUCUAGGCUGUAUGUGUUUGGGAGAAACUGGGUCACAGAUGUAGGUGAAAGAAGGGAGGUGUGGGUUGUGCUAGUGAAAGUUCGCCCACAUAUUUCAGAUAUUGAGCGUCUUUGUGAAUAAAAUUGCGUCAAUGUGAGGUUUUGCUUGAAAACUGGUGAUCUUAUACCUGAAUACGUACGAACACACUAAUUGUAUUCUGAACUGUAAGAAUGGUUCAGACAUGUUCAGCAUCUGGGCAACUGAGGACAACUCACAUUACGUAUACACGUUCAGACAAUGGAGAGGCUGAAACUGAUAUUCAGUCAGGUACUAUUCCACAGAAUAGAACAGAAAUCACGUGUACUACUACAAAGUCCACAACUGUGAGAAGGAAAGUGACAACCACUUCAGAGUUGAAUGGUUCUCCUGUCUCGAGUAACUCGACUGGAAGCCUCAGGACGCAUCCUACAGUUUACAUUGUUUUUGUGUCCUUACUUCUGGAUCUUCUGGCAUUCACGAUGAUCCUGCCCCUUCUUCCAUCUCUCCUUGAUCAUUAUAGAAUUAAUGACAGUCCCAAUGGCCUUUAUCCAUGGCUGUUAGGGAAGGUGCGCUAUUUUCAAGAAUUUGUUGGUGCCCCUGACAGGUUUAACUCAGUUCUUUUUGGGGGAUUUCUAGGUUCAAUGUUCUCAUUUCUUCAGUUUGUGGCAUCUCCAUUGGUUGGUGGUUUGUCAGAUGUUUAUGGACGCAAACCAAUCAUGCUCCUUUGCCUUUUUGGGAUUGCGUUUUCGUAUGUUAUGUGGGCAUUGUCUAAAAACUUCGCCCUGUUUGUGUUGGCGAGAGUUAUCGGAGGCAUCAGUAAAGGCAAUGUGAGCCUCUCUAUGGCUGUGAUAGCUGAUGUCUCGUCACUAGCAACCAGGGGAAGAGGAAUGGCAUUAGUCGGUAUCGCAUUUUCCGUGGGUUUCAUAGUCGGACCGGUCAUCGGAGCCAUGUUUGCCCACUGGUCUCAUGGACAGUCGGGAAACUGGUUCGUUGUUCCUGCACUAUUCGCCCUUGGCUUGGCACUGACUGAUGUCGCCUUCGUACUCGUCUGCUUCAAGGAGACUUUACCAAAGGAAAAGAGAGCCAAGUCAGUGGCCGGCAGCCUCGGUCAGGCCGCAUCAUACAUCAGUCUGCCUGAUCUCUUCCGUUUCAAGGCAGUUAAGAACAUUUCACGAUCUGAUCUCGUAGAGCUGCAACAGCUUGGCUUCAUUUACUUUGUCUACCUGUUCCUGUAUUCUGGUCUGGAGUUUACGUUAACGUUUCUGACGCACCACACUUUUAACUACACUUCAAUGCAACAGGGGUGGAUGUUCUUUGUGAUCGGUCUCACCAUGGCCGUCAUGCAGGGUGGCUACGUUCGCCGACUUCCAGAGCACAAGAUCAAACCCACGGCAGUUUUGGGUUUGCUACUUAUAGUUCCUUCUUUCGUCUGUGUGGGUCUGGCUUCUUCGCCCGUACUUCUCUAUAUCGGACUUCUGCUGUUUGCAGUGUCUACAGCGAUGGUUGUGCCGUGUAUGACGACCUUGGUUUCGAAGCUUGGGUCACAUGACCAAAAAGGAACUGUGAUGGGAAUCUUCAGAUCGCUUGGUGCGUUAGCCCGGGCUGUUGGGCCCAUAGUUGCGAGUAUAGGGUUUUGGAGUAUUGGUUCGACAGUGACUUACCUUUUGGGAGGUAUCGCCCUUCUCUGGCCGUGGAUGAUGCUGAGGAGAACUAAUAUAGUUUAAUUCAACAUCGUAUUUACGUCGUAUGAUUUGAGGUUUUCACAUCUGAAGAUUGCUGUCUUCUUCUGGUUUGUUGCGCUGCAUAGUCUGGUAGAUUUCCCACCGACGUUUCAGAGGUCACACUGCCUGCGUCAUCAGGGCGAUGAAUUCAUCAUAUUUACAGCUGUUCGAACUCGUAGUUGUUCGGGGGUUUCGGAAUACGUACAUUUUGUACAACAGUUUUUCUCAGUCAAGUAACAAAUCCGAUGGGCAGAAGAAAUCGCGCGUAAAAUUGUUCUUUUGGACUUUGUCCGCAUUCUGAAUUAUAAAAUUAUAAAACUACAGUAUUUAAAAGUUUGAAUUCUGGUUCUUUUUUGCUGUAAGUUUGUGGAAGGGGGGGGGGGGCUACGUGGCAUUAUAACCCAGAAGAUGGCCAUCUUAGAAAGCUUAUUUGUUGGACGCCGCUGGCUGAACUAGCUGAAAACCUGGACCUCGACCCACUUUUGAAAUAUGGUUUUUUUAUAAUUUAGAUGGUGGACGAAGUCGGUAGAAAAGUUUUACCUAUUUAUAUGUCCAUCGUGAUGGUCUUCGUCUUCAGUGUCUUCCACUCGACACACCGAAAGCCUCGGUGAACGUGCCACGAAGUUCUCCCGCAGACACAGGAAUGGUAAUUUUAUCUGACAGUAUUUUUAUAAUGGUAGUUCUGUGAGUAACAGUAUUAGUGGUAAAUUAUGGGUAUUUUCAUAUUUUGUAUCAUUUAUAAAUAAUUUUCUGAAGAUAAGAGUAUAUAGUGUUACUAAAUGUACGAAUUAUCACAAUUUAGGUUGUGCCAGGAACUUAAAAGCUUUCUGUGCAUUGUCCGUGUUGCUUUAUUGGUUAAUUCGUAGAGCAUACAAGUGUAUUUGAUGUUUUUGUAAUUCAGAAUCAUUUAUAGGUAAGUAAUUAUAUUUAUAGAUAAUUGUACUUAUAAACCACCAUACUGCUAAUGGACGUUUUUCCACUUGCCGCAUACAAGACGUUCACAUGGAGAUCAUCGUUAGUGUUAGAAGAUUUAAUUGUGGCCUUUGGUACCAAUUGUAAUAUGUAUUUAAUUAUAUAGACAAAAUGAUUUGAAGGACAUUAAUUUUGUAGUAGACACAAACUUCAGGAUCUUUAACUUAAUACUGAGUUUCAUUCAAUGUAUGCAUCAACAUCUGAAGUUUUAUUUAUAAAAGAAGUCUAAUUUGAUAAUAUAAGAUGGCUGCCUUCUGUGGCACUGUGUAGUUUGGUAGAGAAGUUUUGCUGAUGUUUCAGAGGGGUUUGCUACUGCCAUCUUGAGGGCCCUGCUUCAGUUAUGUUGUCGAAUCUUAUUAUAAAUAAUACCAAAAUUAAAAAAAUACUACAUAUGCAGUAUUAUAUAUACAUCGUGAAUUUUUAGGAUUUCAGCAGUUCAUAACCUACAAAGUAUGGAGUCUCGUGUAAUAAAUUCAUUUGAUGGGCUGAGAACUUUAUCUUGGUAACCGAUCAUAUGUUUAAUACUACUGUUUAUGUAAAAUAUUUGUGUAUAUUUUUUACAAACGAUAUAAAAGUAAAUAAAAAGUUUUGAGAAUAAACGUUGAUCAUAGGUUAUAGA